UUCAAGGUAUAUGCUGAGAAAUAUGCUGAGGAUCAAGAAGCUUUUUUCAACGAUUAUGCUGAAGCCCAUGUCAAACUCAGCAACCUUGGUGCCAAAUUUGAUCCUUCUGAGGGUAUCGUGAUAGAUGAUAGUCCCGCAAAACCUGCGCCAGAGAAGUUUGUUGCUGCCAAGUAUUCUUCUGGGAAGAGAGAGCUAUCAGACACAAUGAAGCAGAAGAUUCGGGCAGAGUAUGAAGCAGUUGGUGGAAGCCCAGAUAAGGCUUUGCAGUCAAACUAUUUUCUAAAUAUCAUGAUUGUGAUUGCUGUUUUAGCAUUUGUUACAUCUCUUGUUGUUAAUUAACUUGGUUCUGGAGCUUUAU